GGCGGAGCUCGCGGCGGUGCUCGAGGUGGAGCUCGCGGCGCGCCGCGCGGCGGAGCUCGCGGGGGCGCUCGAGGCGGCGCAGGCAGAGGCGGAAAACCCGGCCUCGGAGCCGGCGCUAAAGUUAUCGUAGUACCCUUCGAAGCUGGCAAUCGCGUUUUCGAAGGCGUGUUCAUUGCAAAAGGGAAGGCCGACGCACUGGUGACGAAGAAUUUCAUUCCAGGAGACGUGGUCUACGGCGAGAAGAAGAUCGAAACAGUUAAUGAGUUGGGCGAGAAAACCGAGUACCGCGCGUGGAACGUGUUCCGCAGCAAGCUCGGUGCCGCGAUCGUCGCGGGUGUCUCCGCGAUCCCAAUCAAGCCUGGCAGCAAGGUUCUGUACCUCGGCGCCGCCAACGGCACCACGGUUUCGCACGUCUCGGAUAUCGUCGGCGAAAGCGGCGCCGUCUACGCCGUCGAGUUUAGCCCGCGCUCUGGCCGCGACCUCACAGAGCUCGCAAAGAAGCGACACAACAUUGUGCCAAUCAUCGAGGACGCGCGUAUGCCGCACAAGUACCGCAUGCUUGUGCCGAUGGUCGACGUUAUCUUCAGCGACGUAGCGCAGCCGGACCAGGCGCGCAUAGUCGCGCUUAACGCGCACCACUUUCUGAAGAACGAGGGGGAGUUCUUGAUCAGCAUCAAGGCCAGCUGCGUCGACUCAGUCAGCUCGCCUGAAGCGGUUUUCGCUUCUGAAAUCGACGCGCUGAAAAAAGAGAAGCUCAAGACGCGCGAGCAGAUCUCACUCGAGCCGUACCACCGCAGCCACGCCAUGGUGCUCGGCAAGUACAAGCCGAAAAAGAAGCACGAUUAG